CGGGUCUAUUGUAUCCGCUUCAGCGAGGUUUCUAGAUUAUCUCAUUUUGCUUUCGUUUAAUGCUCGGAAAUAUUCUGGUUUUGUUUAGUAUUAGCCUGCAUGGGAAAUAUGGAUCGCAGAUUCUUUCCGACGCAUUGUCUGAUUGUGGGCAUUUCUCUGAUUAUAGUCAUAACGCACGCCGCUUAUGGAGAUGUGAGCUAUUCUUUUCCGGAGGAGAUGAAUCGCGGAUCUGUGAUUGGAAAUAUAGCAAAGGACCUCGGGCUCGAUGUGAACAGACUUACAUCUCGUAAAGCUCGCAUUGAUGCUGAAGGUAACAAAAACCGAUUCUGCGACAUUAAUUUGAGAACGGGAGAAAUUAUAGUGGCCGAUCGGAUAGACAGAGAGGUGCUUUGUAAGGAGAGGCUUUCCUGUACGCUUAAUUUCGAAUUUGUGUUAGAAAACCCUUUGGAAUUGCAUCGUGUUGUUUUACAAAUCCAAGACAUUAAUGACAAUACGCCAGUAUUUCCCAAAGAUGUAAUCAAGCUCGAAAUAAGUGAAAAUGCCGAUAAAGGUGCUCGUUUUCGUGUCAUUGAGGCUCGAGAUGCUGAUGUCGGCCACAAUUCAGUACAAAAAUAUAUAUUAGAAAAAAAAGUAAAUUUUGUUUUAGCGGUGAAUUCAAAAACAGAUGGAAGCAACUAUGUCGAGUUAGUGCUUGAUAAAGAGUUGGAUCGUGAGGAGCAGACAGAGGUGACAUUAAUUCUCACUGCGGUAGACGGCGGGACUCCACCGAGAUCAGGUACUGUAGCCAUACACGUCACUGUGCUGGAUGCUAAUGAUAAUGCUCCAGUCUUUAGUCAGACCGUCUAUAAAGUCAGUCUGCCUGAAAAUUCUCCUCUAGAUACUGUAGUGGUGACAGUGAGCGCUACUGAUGCUGACGAGGGACAAAAUGGAGAAGUCACAUAUGAGUUUGGGCAUUUAUCUGAAUCUGCUAAAGAAACAUUUUCAUUGGAUCAUCAAACUGGACAAAUUGCCGUGAAGGGGCGAAUAGAUUUUGAAGAUGAAUCAAGGUAUGACAUUAUUGUUGAGGCUAAGGACGAAUAUGGUCUUUCCUCAGACUCAAAAAUCGUAAUAGAAAUUACUGACAUAAAUGACAAUGCUCCAAUUCUUAUUAUUAAAUCUCUCACCAGUCCUGUUCCUGAGAAUGCGUUACCCGGUACAGAGGUUGGCGUCAUUAAUGUGCAGGACAGAGACUCUGAGAAUAACGGACAGGUGCGCUGCUCCAUUCAGCAAAACGUCCCAUUUAAACUUGUACCUUCAAUCAAAAAUUACUAUUCUCUGGUGACCACAGGUGAAUUAGACCGCGAGCUGCUCUCUGAUUAUAAUAUUACAAUUACUGCUACUGAUGAGGGCUCUCCGCCUUUAUCUUCCACUAAGAACAUUCACUUGACUGUAGCUGACGUGAAUGAUAAUCCACCUGUAUUUCAGGAGCAGAGUUACAGAGCUCAUAAAAUCGUCGACAGCGACUUGACUGCUUGA